CAGCAAUCGUCGAUUAAUAAAUCAUCAUAUAUAACUUUUUCCAUCUAGUUGUUAUUUAGAAUAUUUGUCGUCAGAUGGAAUACACUUUUUAUUAAAAAUUGAUGUGUGGCAAAUAAUUUUACAGAUUAAAUUUAAGUACAAUAAUUUCUUAUGGCCGAAGAAGACUAUAAGCCCGGCCAACUGCCAUACCCAGAGCAAGAUGAGCGCAAAAAGUUUUGCUUAUUUCAUUAUAAAGGCGUGCUCCUUGUGCUAAUUCCAUUGCUAUUUAGUCCGAUUUUACUCGGACCCGAAGUGCAUGCAUAUCGCAUGAUCUAUCUGACAGUUUGUGUUUAUCUCUAUUACAUAUUCAAUGUUAUGGCGCAGGGUGCAAUUGCAUUUAUUUUCAUUGUCUUUAUACCGAUAUGUGGUAUAUCGACCUCGAAAUCGUUAUGUACCGCCCACUAUUCCGAUCUAAUAUUUGAAACAUAUGGAGCAGUAUUCAUAGGUCUCGCCAUGGAAUCAUCAAAGCUAAACGAACGUCUGGCAGCGAUUGCGAUUAGCUUCGUCGGCGGCAAUAUAAGAUUUUUGCAAUUUUUGCUUUUUGUAAUCGUCGCUGAACUUUCAUUUUUGUUCAACGCCUCAUUUGUGUCCGCGGUUUUCAUGAAGAUAGCAAUGGCAAUUGUCGCCGAGUAUAACACGGCUGGCAUAUUGACAGCAAAUAGUGAAGAGGAAACAUACGAGCGACAGGCCAAGCCGUAUCCAACUUGGCCAGUCGUUGGCAUUUAUUUGACCGUCUGCUAUGCAUCUACAAUUGGCGCAAUGCUCUCGCCGUUUCAGAAUCCCAAUGGAAUCAUCUUGACCGUCUUUAAUCUCUUUAUGAAGGCGGGUGUAGGUGGUAUUAUUAUUGCGAUAUUACUCGCACAUAUUCUAGGAUAUAUCGUGUCAAUUCUGUGGAUUCAAAUUGUUUUCCUUGGCUUGUUCGGUGGACCAGUGAAGGAACAAGUCGAAGCUGCCGCAGCGGGCAAGGAUACCAUGACCAAGGCCAUGAAUGACAAGAAAAACGCCAUGGGCCCAAUGAGUAUCCAUGCCACACUUGUUGCCAUAUUGAUAUGGUUUACAAUGAUAGCGCUAGUUCUUCGAAGCCCCCAAUUCACGAAUGGAUGGGAUGAUGAAAUCCACUUGGCCCGUUGUGGCGCCUCAGUCGCUUUGAUUGCCGCCUGCGUGCUGUUCUUUGCGAUCCCAGCUAACUAUUUCUUUUGCCGUUAUUACGUGUGCCGUGAACCCGAGAAGCCGGGCACAUCUCCUUCUUUGGUCGGCUGGAAGCUGGUCAAUUCGAAUACGCCUUGGGCCCAUAUAUUUAUGUUGGCAGCCGGACAUGGCUUCGUAGUUGGUCUGCGAGAUUCCAAAUUGCUGCUGUUGUUGCAACAGAUGUUGGUGCGCAAGCAACUCGAUCUUGGCUAUUGCCUCUUCUUGGGCAGCUCAUUGGGCACGUUGUUCACAUUUUUGGCGCCUGGCACCGCCUUGGCUCGCAUGACACUGAUGCCCAUGUUUAAAGCGGGAAUUCAAUUGCGCAGGGGAACUGGCAGCGUUGGCAUUCCGUAUGCUCUCUCGCUGCACAAUCAAUUUUUGCUGCCUUGCAGCAAUGCAUCCAACACAAUUGUCGCCGGUUGGGGCAAUCUCAGACCCUUUCAGUUUAUAAUUGGUGGCAUUGUGCCGUGUAUAUUCGUCUUCGCGUCAAUUUGUAUUGGCAUUAGAGCCUUUGGCGAAUUUGCUUUCGACGGCUACUUGAAGGUGGAAGAUGAUGACUUCAAGUACACCUAUAAGCCCUAAAAACAAAACCCAAAGGCAAUUUGCGUUUGCAAGUUUCACUGCAAAAACUAGUUUUCAUCUCCAAAAAUUACAUAUGCGCCAAAAUGACAAUCGCCGGCAGCAGUAUCAGCAUCAGCAGCAGUCAUCCAUCUACAACAGACAUUGUCAGUUGACUCUCAUUUUGUGCAGGGUUGAAGAUUCCUGCACCGUAAAGCAUGGGUCGGUUUUUCCGUCUUUGUUUUUUUUUUUUGUUUUUCGCUUUAUUUGUAUUUUUGUUGGUAUGUUGCAAAAUGGCGCAGAGAGCGCAGCAUGUCGAGCAAAAAACAGUCGUAAAACAGAACCCAGCUGACCCGACCCGGCAGACCUCACAGACAAUUGGACAGACAUCCGGAGUAUUGUAGUUGGGUGAUAUUGUGAAUGCAGCCAAAAAGCUAAAUAUAGUUCAGCUAUCGCGUAUGCAGUGAGAGAAAAAUUUGGCUAUUAUUCAAUCAUGUAGUAAAUUCUAAUUGUAAUAUAAAGAUUUCUCUUGAAAGUUUUGAAAGUAAU